AUGGAGCUCAAACUCCACGCAUCCAUGGCUUCUGUGGGAUCCAUUCCACGCGCAGCAAACUCCAUCGUGUUCACGCAUUCCUCUUCCACUGUUCCUAUCUGCGCCUACGCGGUUCCUGAUGCCAGCAGGCGCCAAAACGGCACCAACACCAGUCGUUCCAUGCACAAAACCCCUCCUUUGCGUAAGGGGAACCAUCCCAAUGUACCCAAAUUGAAGCUCGAUCGCCAAAACCAAAACGACCCAUUUCUUUUGAAUGUGGACUUGGUGGCCCUGUGUGAAGAGGGUAAGCACGAUCAAGUACUGGAACUCAUGGGUCAAGGUGCUGCUGCUGAUUACCGCGUUUAUCUUGCACUCUUGAAUUUGUGUGAACAUACAAGGUCGCUUGAAUCGGGGAAAAGGGUCCAUGAAUUCCUGAGAAGAUCGACCUUUCGCGGGGACGUUGAAUUGAACAACAGAUUGAUUGGAAUGUACAGCAAAUGUGGCAGUGUGAAGGAUGCACGUCGAGUGUUUGAUCAAAUGCAGGAGAGAAAUACCGCUUCGUGGCAUUUGAUGAUUGGUGGGUUCACGGCCAAUGGUUUAGGGUGUGAUGGUUUAUUGGCUUUUCAGCAGAUGAAGAAAGUAGGAGUCGCAUUUGAUGGGGAAACUUUUGAAUUGGUUUUGGCUGCAUGUGCACAGGCAGAAGCUGUGGAAGAAGGGCUUUUACACUUAGAGUCCAUGAAGGAGAAUGGAAUUGUUCCUAGCAUCGAGCAUUACUUGGAGGUUAUUAGCAUUCUGGGGAAUGCUGGUCGAUUGAAUGAAGCUGAGGAGUUCAUUGAGAAGAUACCAAUUGGGCUUGGAGUUGAGGCUUGGGAGUCUCUUCGAAAUUUUGCACGCAUACAUGGAGAUUUAGAACUUGAAGAUCGUGCGGAGGAGUUGUUAACGCACCUUGAUCCUUCAAAAGCCAUUGCUGAUAAACUUCCCACGCCUCGAAGAAAGGAGCAAUGUGAUAUUAACAUGCUCGAGGAGAAGAAUAGGGUGGCUGAGUAUCGGUAUUCUAUUCCGUAUAAAGAAGACUCUCAUGAGAAGUUGGGAGGUUUGAGUGGGCAGAUGAGGGAAGCGGGUUAUGUGCCGGAUACAAGAUAUGUCCUCCAUGACAUUGAUGAGGAGGAAAAGGAGAAGGCCUUGCAAUAUCAUAGCGAACGUUUGGCAAUUGCUUAUGGUCUCAUCAGUACACCCCCGAGGACUACACUUAGAAUUAUCAAGAACCUACGUAUCUGUGGGGACUGCCACAAUGCAAUCAAAAUUAUGUCCAAGAUUGUUGGAAGGGAGCUAAUUGUUAGGGAUAACAAGCGAUUCCAUCAUUUUAAAGAUGGAAAAUGCUCCUGUGGAGAUUAUUGGUAG